CGCGUCUUUCGAACUCGCCACCGGGAGGCGGAGCGGCGCCGCGGGAUUCGCGGGAUUCUAUAAAGCCCUCCGGCCGGGAGCGGCUGCCUCCCGCGGGGGAAUCGUGCUUCUUCGCCGCCGCCCGCCUUCCCUUCUCGCUCCAUGGCCGGCCCGGGCAAGCCGUGCGCGGGCUUGUACAGCUUCCUCUUCGAGUACGACACGCCGCGGAUCGUGCUGAUCAAGAGCCGCAAAGUGGGGCUCAUGAACCGGCUGGUCCAGCUGGCUAUCCUGGCCUACGUCAUCGGCUGGGUCUUCGUGUGGGAAAAGGGCUACCAAGAAACAGAUUCAGUGGUGAGUUCGGUGACCACAAAAGUGAAGGGUGUCACCGUGACCAAUACUUCAGAGCUGGGGCCCCGAAUUUGGGAUGUAGCCGAUUACGUGAUUCCGCCUCAGGGCGAGAACUCCAUAUUCGUCAUGACAAACAUGAUCAUCACUCAGAAUCAAACUCAAGGACUCUGUGCAGAGUUUCCGGAUAAAACCACACGGUGCCGUUCUAGCGAAAACUGCACGGAAGGAUACAUUGGGACACACAGCAAUGGUGUCCAGACUGGGAAGUGUGUUACAUACGGAAACUCCACCCACAAAACCUGUGAGGUCUUUGCCUGGUGUCCAGUGGAGGAUGAUGAAUAUGUUCCCAAACCAGCUUUCCUACAUAAUGCUGCAAACUUCACCCUCCUGGUAAAGAACAACAUCUGGUACCCCAAGUUCAACUUCACUAAGCGAAACAUCCUCCCCAACAUAAGUAAAUCAUACCUCAAGAACUGCAAAUACAAUUCCAAAACGGACCCCUUUUGCCCCAUUUUCCGCCUCCGUGAUGUGGUUGAAUCUGCUGGUCAGGAUUUCCAAGAGAUGGCUGUUGAGGGUGGAGUGAUGGGGCUGCAGAUCAGCUGGAACUGUGAUUUGGACAAGGCUGCCUCUCAUUGUUUGCCAAAGUACACCUUCCGUCGUAUAGACAACAAGGAUUCUGACCACAACGUGUCUCCAGGAUACAAUUUCAGAUUUGCUAAAUAUUACAAGAAUGCUGCUGGCAGAGACUCCCGGACGCUCAUCAAGGCCUAUGGAAUCCGCUUUGAUAUCAUGGUGUUUGGCAAGGCAGGAAAAUUUGAUAUCAUUCCUACGAUGAUUAACAUUGGAUCUGGGUUAGCCCUGUUUGGUGUGGCGACAGUCCUCUGUGACAUCAUUGUCCUGUAUUUCAUGAAGAAAAAAUAUUAUUAUAGAGAGAAGAAAUACAAAUAUGUUGAAGACUAUGACUUGGAAGGCAAUUCAUCCUAUGGCUCCCAGGCAGAAACUCAGGAAGGCUGUCGCAUCCGAUGACCAACCCCAAAGUGCUGGUGUCAACCGGAGUCCAAUGAAUUUCACGCAUGCACAGGCUGUGAAGGGGGACAGAAACCCACAUAAAUUAUUUCCCUAUCUUCUGUUCAGUCUCGCUUCCAAUAUGGAUGCCCUGAUAAAGGGAAUGUAAAGAUUGUGAUAUUUUGCAAAUAAUGAUGACCACUUUCUGUGAAAGUUCUUUUUUUGUUUGCUUGGGUGGGGGAAGAUAUUUCGGGGACCUGCAAAGCCCUGGAUAGUAUGAGGUAAUUUUGAGGGCCUCCUAAAGUUGUGGCAAUGGAAAAAGCCUGGUUUCCCCAAGUUGCUUCCCCCAAGUUGCUUCUGGGUAGGAUUCCUUCCCUUUCUGCCCCCUUCCGCCCUGGUUCCUCUUCAUUUCAUCCCCCCAUCUUUGCUGGAUUUAAACAAGCUAGUUCAGGCAUCCCCAAACUGCGGCCCUCCAGAUGUUUUGGCCUACAACUCCCAUGAUCCCUAGCUAAGAGAACCAGUGGUCAGGGAUUAUGGGAAUUGUAGUCCAAAACAUCUGGAGGGCUGAAGUUUGGGGAUGCCUGAGCUAGUUCUUCUGCUGCUUUCCUUGCACAGAUCCCAGGUCCUAUUCUUAGCGGGUGAUAGAAUCCCCAGCAUUCAAUGGGGCAAGGAAGGCGCUCUGACCUGUGAACUAGAUGCCAUACUGCCAGUCCUUUCCCUUUGCACUUUCUUUAAUUUUUGUCCUUUAGAAUUCAUUUCCAAACUGAAGGAAUGGCUAUAGGUCAAAAAGAAGUAAAUCUGUACGUCCUUGCACUUCCCCCCUGUCUUGAUUACAUGGGAGCAAAAAGAAAAAAUGAUUAAUGUGAAUGGGGGGGAUUUUAGGGGAGAAAUCUAUUUUGUGGAGAAAAUAAAGCUAUUGGAAACUUUCAUCUUCUUGUGCCUCCUUCCUGGCAUGGGUAGCCUGGAACGCAGAGCUGCAACUGAAUAUUCACACAAUCUUAAUUUUGUGCAAAGUAAAUGCCAGCAUAAUAGAUUGGAGACUGUGUGCAGUGGAAUCAAGCUGCAAUCUUCUGUGUUUCAAAAACUGUUAUUUCAGAACUUGUUUAUCUGCAUUUAGGGGGAAAAGUCAGACCUCUGCAGAAAGGGGAGAUACAAAUGCUGCAAUCUGCACAAAUAAGGCAAAAUGUAUUUAUUUAAAAAUACUUACAUCCUGCCUUUACAAUCCUGUGCUGGCUAGAAGUGGUGGGAGUCCAAAUAUCUGGAGGGCACCAGGCUGGGAAGGCGCUUCCAUUAUAUUGUGGCCCUGAUGUAGGACAGGUGAGGGAUCGCCAAGGCAUCUUGUGGACCUUUCUGGGAUGUCCUUAAGGUAAAGGACCCCUGACCAUUAGGUCCAGUCGUGACCGACUCUGGGAUUGCGUGCUCAUCUCGCGUUAUUGGCCAAGGGAGCCGGCGCACAGCUUCCAGGUCAUGUGGCCAGCAUGACAAAGCCGCUUCUGGCAAACCAGAGCAGCACAUGGAAACGCCGUUUACCUUCCCGCUGUAGCGGUUCCUACGGUAUUUAUCUACUUGCAUUUUGAUGUGCUUUCGAACUGCUAGGUUGGCAGGAGCUGGGACCAAGCAACAGGAGCUCACCCCGUCACAGGGAUUCGAACCGCCGACCUUCUGAUCAGCAAGCCCUAGGCUCAGUGGUUUAACCACAGCGCCACCUGGGUCCUUAAGCUAUAGGUAAAUGUAUUCUCUCUCCCUCUGCCUCGCCCCCUCUCUUUUGCAAAACCAACAUAAUGAAACCCCUAGAGGCUGGAUUUAUCAUUCCCCCACAUUUUUAUUUCAACUUGAAUACUGAAAGUCCCCUGGAAAAGUGCUUGCCAAUUCCUCCUUGGGUCUGUGUAGUUUUUUUUU